AUGAACGAGAUAUUGACCUCGUCUUCUGCCCCUCUUAGAUCAACACCCCAUCUUGAACUCAAGUCCUACUCAGAGAACCAGGACUUACUUGCCCAAGGAGGAACGGAACCUAGCAGCCGCUCGCAAACUUUGAUAUGCUCUGUGAACGAUAACAGAUGGUGGAUCAAAGUAACCCUCCUGGGUACAAUCACUAACUUUCUUGACAAUGCCGACAUUCAACAGACUUCAAAGCGUCAGAGACGCAUAUUCUAUCAACACUUUGUUACGCAGAUCAACUACGAAUCGCUCCCUCUCCUAUCUGACACCGUGACUGAGAUUAUCCUCCAAGGUACAACAGCAACGGGUCAAGAGAUGGAAUUUGGAUUAGACGAUACCGAUGAUACAAUGAGUAUUCUCAGCAAGUCCCUCAAAUACAGGAUUAGGGAAGACCCUCUCAGGGUCGUCUAUCCUCCAUGCAACGAGUUCCCUUAUUUUCGAAAGUUCAACGAUGAACAGCUAAUAACGGGUUCCGAAAUCGCGGACGGAGUCUACUGGGUUUACAAGGAUGAGAUACGGUACAUUCUCAAGAUUUUCAACCGUCCUCUUUAUGAACCCCGCGACACCGAUGUUUUUCGAAAGGAGCUAGAAAAUCUCGAGUACUUCGCAGGCCUGCCUAACAUUGUGCAGGCGGCCGGUAUUCGAGUGUCUACCAAUCCGUAUGCGACUUCGACUGGCAGUGAUAGAUCGCUGGUUGUCACUGGGGUUCUAUUGGAGGCCUACUCUGGAGGAUCAUUGCGGCAGGUUCUUCUGGAGAAUCGUCUUACAGAGUACCUCUGGAAACAAUGGCCUGUCCAGAUCGGAACCGCAUUGAAUCGCUUUCAUAAGGCAAACAAAACUCAUAUGGACAUAAAGCCUUCCAAUAUCGUCAUUGACAGCAAAGGAAAUGCAGUAAUCAUCGAUAUCAGCGGUAUUGGCGGAAUAACCCGCCAAUGGUGUUCACCGGAGAUUCAAGAUGAGAUGUCUCCUUUUGAUCUUCCAUUUGAACAACGUCAACUUAACGAUCUCUGGGCAUACGGAAGACUUCUAUCCGAGAUUGGCUCACACGCAACAGAUGACCCAUACGCGAAUACGUUGAAGCAGGUUGCAGAAUGUUUGAUGAAGGGGAAUUGCCAAACACUCAUCUCUGAUCUGCCUGCUUGCCUGCCGUAG